GUUGACGUGUUUACGAUAUCUGCCGGAUCUGAUUUAACCACAAAGUCUCGAAUUUUUGAAUAAUAGAAACAAUAAUGGUUUAAAAAUAACUGUAUAAUUCUCACGUAACGUGGCCUUAUAAAACAAUAUUUCUUAAAUUAAUAUAUAUUGCAACAUGAUUUACUUUACUUAUAUGAUCAACGUAUAAUAUUUGAUUAAAUGAGUCAGAAAAAAACUGUUUAAAACUCAAAAACAUAAUGCGUUUAACUUCAGUGUAACGUGGAUAUGUAUUGUUUUUAACACUAACGUGGCAAAACACUACUGACCUAGAUAAGGUCCUGAGCUAUAUCCAGGACCUGAAUUGAUUUAGAUGCACCUUGAUUGCAUACAAGAAUGGGCGUGUAGUGUGCCUAUUGCUAUAUUAGCAUAGACUUCUUUAGUGUUCAGUGUGAAACCACUUGUUGAUUUGUCUUCAAUAUUUUACAAACUAUAGAAGAUUUGAAGCAACAGGCCACUUUUCUGAUAUUUCUAAAAAUAGUAUGGAAUAAACUCACCAUGAUGUCAAACAAGAUAGAAACCCAUAUAAAUUUCUCUGAUGAUAUCACAAAACAACAACGAGCUCCACACCGAUUUUUUCAUGAGUCUACAGAUAGCUCAUUGUAUAUUGAACCCAUAGCUACAAGGAAUUUUUUUAGGAAAUGGAAUCAGCUCUCUCGAUUGCAAAGGUCAUUAGUGUUGGGCUUCCUUAUACUCUUAGCUAUAUUUUGUUUUGUGUAUGGACUGUCAUCGGCCAUAUCAAAUGAACAGAAUUUAACAGCAAAAGCCAUAAACUCGACAUUGCUCCUUAAAUUGAAGGAAUCUGCGGUGUCCUCUGAGAAAUUAAAGAAGGAAGUAGUUUUAUUUGAGACUGAUUUUAACCAAAGGCCUAUAUUCACAGGACCGUCGAAUGCAAAACAAUACGCUGUCGUACAAAGCUUCAAACAUGCUUGGAAAGGAUACAAGGAGCACGCUUGGGGCCAUGAUAAUUUAAAACCUGUGUCGGGCACUUACUCCGAUUGGUUUUCUUUGGGAUUAACUAUAGUCGAUGGUCUCGAUACAGCGUUUAUAAUGGGACUUACUGAAGAAUUUGAAGAGGGGCGUGAAUGGAUAAAAAAUGAGUUGGAAUUUACAAGAAAUAAAGAUGUUAAUUUCUUCGAAGUUACGAUACGAGUGUUGGGAGCUCUAUUAACAAACUAUCAUUUCUCUGGCGAUUAUAUGUUCCUUGAAAAAGCUAAAGAUCUUGGCGAGCGUCUUAUGGCAGCGUUCGCAUCACCAUCUGGCAUUCCUUACUCGGACGUGAAUCUAGGAGCACGUACGGCCCAUGUCCCAGAAUGGUCUCAACACAGCUCAACGUCCGAGAUCAGCACUGUUCAACUGGAAUUUCGGGAACUUUCAAGGGCAUCUGAUAACCCUGCUUUUGAGGACGCAGCUGCGGCAGUUUCCGAGAAACUUCAUCAGUUGCCGAAGAAACAUGGUCUGGUGCCGAUAUUCAUCAAUCCCAAUACGGGCCAAUUUCUACCGCACGCAACCAUUACGCUAGGCGCACGCGGUGACAGUUAUUAUGAAUAUUUGCUCAAACAAUGGAUACAGACCGGAAAGACAAUGAAUUAUUUGCGAGACGAUUACCUGACUGCGAUAGAAGGCGUGCGAGAGUUCCUUGCACGCAGGUCUGUGCCAAAUAAGAGGCUGUUUAUCGGGGAAUUAACAACGGGAACAGAGAGUAUGAAUACGCAGGCAUUUUAUCCGAAAAUGGACCAUUUGACAUGUUUCCUGCCUGGCACAUUGGCACUAGGCCAUGCUAAUGGUCUACCGGAUUGGCAUUUGGAGAUGGCAGAAGAACUUAUACACACAUGCUACCUGACCUACGCAGCUCAUCCGACCUUCAUGGCACCAGAAAUCACGCAUUUUAAUAUUGGCAGCAGCAGUACCGAUGAUAUGUUCACGAAGUUGGCGGAUGCACACAGCCUUUUGCGGCCCGAAUUCGUUGAGAGUUUAUAUGUAAUGUACCAAUUAACUGGCAACACUACGUACCAAGAUUGGGGCUGGCAAGUUUAUAUGGGUAUUGAAAAGUACGCGCGGGUACCCCGUGGUUACACAUCUCUAACCAACGUGAAGACUGAGAAACCUUCACCCAAAGACAUGAUGGAGUCGUUCUUCCUUUCGGAGACUUUGAAGUACCUUUACCUUCUUUUCAGCGAUGAUAGGUACAUGAUUGACCUUAGCAAAUAUGUAUUCAACAGUGAGGCACACCCGCUUCCAAUACAUAAUAACUAAUUUAAUAAAUAAAAAGCUCAGUUGCUGGAAUGAUCCUUGUAAAAUUAAAUUACGAGUCAUAAAUGCAACGAGUCGUUAUUUUGCGUAUUCAACGGUUUACUAAAGAAAUUACAGUACACUGUUUCAAAUCGUUUGAACACAACUUUUGCGUACCGUUUCAGUAACUUUAACUAAAUCUCAGGACAUUGAACUUCAAACCUCAAAAAGCCAAUAAAAAUUACAGAUUGCAACUUGACAUUUAUUGAGAAGUUUGAUGUAAAAUUAAUUUGACAGGUUUAGCUGAUUCUAUAGCGCGAACGAUAAAUUUCAAAAUACAACAAUAAUCUUCAGUAGCGCGGGACAUUUCAUAUUAUAUAGGUACUUAAUGAGCUUCAUGUCUAGAAGAUGGUCUAUUGAGAGGAAUUUAGUUAAUUUAUAUUUUUGUAUUUAUAUUGCCAGUUUACAAUACUGAUAUUCUUGUUUUUAUACGUAAUUAUCAUGUUGACAAUUUAGAUAUACAUAGCUCAAAUUAUGCGAGAAUUUUUUAAUGGGAAUAAUGAUUUUUAACUAUUGUUAAAAUGUGUUUUGGCUUUAGACCUAAAAUGUAGUCAUUUUUUAUUUAUUCUAAACCAAAAAUAUAUCUAGUUAGGUGUGUGAAUUAAUGGAGUUUACUUGUUUGAUAUGAAUGUAUUUGAGAGGCAAUAAAUUCUAGUGUUAUAAACUAUUGUUAAGAGGUUAGCUAUUUACAGUUUUCCAUCUAUUUUGACAAGUUUGUGACACUAGAUUGACAGAUUGUGUUAUUCUUGGAUGACAGUUUAUGGCCUAGUGUAAUGCCAGUAAUGCUAUAUUAGAAUGACAGUAUACUGGGAUGACGGUUUAUAGCAUAAUAGGGUGACUUGUGGCAUACAAUUUAAAUUUUUAUGGCCUCAGGCUGCUAUUAACUAGGUAAGUCGUCUGUAAACUUAUAUUUAACGUGAAUACAAUAUAAACAACCUAAUAAAAGGUCUUGUAAAUUCUUUCCGACAUUUUCACAAUGUUUCAUAUGUGUGUUCUGAGUUAAUUGUCAAAACAUCUUUCGCUACAAUGAAAGAGACGGUUAUAUACCACCGUCUCUUACUUUGAUGCUCCAAUUAGUUCCUCAUUCUUGUGCAAUUUUCAACCUACUUAUGUACUUAGAAAAAUUAUAUUUAUUAUAAUUAUUAUAGAUAAUUUCCUUUACUUGUUGCUUUUUCUUAAAGUUUUGCAGUGUGUUCGAUAUUAUACGAUAUGAUUCAGUCCGAACCUUUGUUUGUAUAUAAAUUUCUAAUUAAUAACUAAAACUAUUUUUAAGUCUUUAAUCAUUUAAUACGACUCGUAUUAAAUGAUUAAAGGCAGCGCCUACACAUAAGUAAAAUAUAUUUUACAUUUUCAUACGAAAUAUAGAAAAAAUCACUUUGCAACAUUUGUUUUAUGUUUAAGUACAAUUGUUAUUUUAGAAAAUGCAAAAAUGUUUUACAUUUAGGUAAUUUUUUAGUCAAUUUUGUAAAUAACUAAGUUACCAAGGAAAUAUAUUCGAACCAUCGUGAUUUUUGUCAACCUUUGGUUAAAGACAGCUUGUCGCAUGUCAAGACUCAAAUGCGAAUAACCUUCACACUAGAUUUCUUACUUUAAUUACCGUAAAUUAUAAACAUUUCUUGCUUAAAGUGUAUAUUACAAUGCAAAUAAUAAGUAACAUUACUUUUAUAUUUGCACCUACUUGGGACGUAGGUUUUUAGAUAAUUAACAGAUUACAUAUAUUUUAGGUUACACAGUUGUAUGAUAAUGUCCUAGUCUUUUACAAAAAAGUUUCAUCUCUAAUCACUCAACGAUACUGGCCACUUACCUUUAUAAAAAAAAAAUGCGUUUUCGCGAUUCGAUUUUUUUGGUAGAUAGUUUGAAGUACUGACCAGUGUUAGACUUGAGCGUGUCACUUUCACCUUAGGCGUCGUACGUACGCACAUCGUGAAGAAACCGGCAUGUCUAAGACUCAAAUAGUCGGUGGCAUUUUUUAGGGAUCUACAUGUCUAUAAAAACCUGGUGACGAAAUCGAUAGAGAAAUAUGAUUUAAAGAUAGCGCUGUUUUGUUUUUCUGGUAGAAAGUAUGUAGAAGAUACUGUAUUGACAACUUCGAGUGUAUUAUGGCCCUGCUUUGGAUGCUUUCUCACUGUACAGUGUUUCUUUUUAUUUGUCACUCUUUUCACUUAUAUAUCACACUCUGAUCUUUGUGUAACGGUGGAAAUCGACGCUAAAUUUUUUUAUGUAUUUUUUGCAUUGUAAAUUACACCUGGCAGUGGACAUAAAAGACGAAAACUUAUUGUAAUCUUGGUGGUAGGUUGCAAUAGAUUAUGUACAGAUUGAACUAAAACUCGGUUUCUAUAUCAAAGAUCGGUCGUUGCACAAUAUAGAUAAUGUUAUUUGUGAAAUUUGUACUGGUAUUUUACAUAGAAACCGGGAGUCAUUUAAUGUUUGUUGGGUUAUUGUUAUAAAGAUAUGAUUUUAUUGCAUUUACUGUAUACAUCUUAAUAAAUGUCUGAAGUAAA